AUGUUUUAAAAUUAGUUUUAGAAUACACCGUUGUUUGAGAUAUUUGAUUCCAAAGAUGUACUAAAUAAAGCCAACAAGGAGAAAGAGAAGCAUUACUAACAGCUAUUAAAAAUUACAACAAAUAGUUUUGUUAAAGAUUUCGAUAAAUAAUUAAAGAACUAUAUUAUUGAAUUGCAAGGACAGAACACAAAAGUCCAUUUCCCAAAGGAAGGAGAUCUAGGAUUAGUCUAACAGUUUUUAUGUCUCUAAAUCUAUGUUCCAUAGACAUAAUAAUGGACAAUUGAGUUUUCAAUUACUGAUACCUCUAAAACUAAGCGCCAUGUUUAUUUAACAUAGAAUUGUAAAUAAAUUGAGAAAAAGCCAUUCCACAUAAGAUAUCCAAUAGAAGUACCAAAAAGCAUUUGGCUAAACCUUUAAAUAGAUCUACAUUCAUUUAUUUAAGGUUGGAAAGGAAUGACAUUCAGAUCCUUAGAUUUAUUUGUCAUUUAAUCACCUUGCAAAUUAAGAAAGAUUUUUACAAUGAAAUAGGCUGAUACUGAUGGGUCCAUCAUGGGGAAACAUGGCUUUCCAAUUGGAUUUGAACAUCAAAACCUAAUAAUUUAAUAUUAGGACAAUAAUUUAGAGACUUCACAAGACAGUUGCCAAAUGAAGAUUACUUCCAAAAAAGCAACUGGAUUUUCAUAACAAUCACAGCAAAGCCAGUAAAGUUAGAAAUAAUAAAAGUUAACUUAGGAGAAAAUAACCAGGGCUAAUAUUGUUUAUGAUGAUCAUCCAACCCCCAAAAAAAAGACUCAACAACCACAAUAAUUGUCAUAAUAAUAAAAAUAAUUGAUCGUCACUUCCAGUUCUAAAUCAAAUCAAUAGGAUAUUUCUUAAAAUGAAUUUGACAUGAGUACUAAAUUGUCUGUUAGAAAUAAUAAAAUUAGCCAACAAGCUGACAGUGUUAGAAGGAAUGACAAAUCUGUCCAAAAACAUAGGGACUUGUCAAGUAGUAAAAAAUAAUAGAGUAAUGCCAGAAUGGCGCAUUCAUUUCCUCGUAAGCCACCUUUGUAGGAAUAAUUGAACUAAGAUUAUUACAUCAAAACUCAAAAGUUUACUACCUUUAAUGAACAGAAACAAAAAGAUGAUGAAAUCGAAGAAAACAUUGAAAUAGCAGUUGAAUAAAAGGCAGAGGAGAUUAUUGAGGAAAGUCAAAAAAAAAUUAUAACCGCAAAUAAUUUUAAUAAGAGAAGUCUAAGUGAACUUAAAGGGGAAUCUAAUAACCAAAGAAAUGAUUAGCAAUUCGAAGAUAGCUUAGAAUAACCAUUUAAGAAUAGUGUCACUACAUUUGCAUAAGAAGGUUACUAUGCAAAUUAACUAAAAAAAUAUACAGACUUAAAUCGACCAUUCACUCCAGAAUAUAACUCCGAUUUCAAAUUUGGACAAUCCAAUUAUUAAUAAUUCUGA